AUGAAAGGUGUUUCUUUACUUUUAGGUAUAAUCCUACAGUUAAGCAUUGCUUUAGCUGAUACAGUUAUUUCUCAAGACACUGUCUAUUAUGGUACCAUUGCUGUUGUUAUCGGUGAUUUAGAUAUUAAUCCAGACGUGUGGUUGUCUGUUAUCAAUAAUCAAGAUACAUCUAUUGCUGGUAACGUUAAUGUUGGAACUGGUGGUGGAUUCUAUAUUUCAAGUUUAUCCCAAUUAUUCGGUUUAACUGUCACCCUUACAGGGAAUAUUGUUAACAAUGGUACCUUUGCUUUUAACUCGGUUGACUCAUUGCUUCCAAGUAAUUUUGAUAUCACUUCUGCUCAAAUUAUAAACAACGGUGAUAUGUAUCUUGGUACCAAUGGUGCCAUUGGUGGUAAUGUUGUAAGUCUUGAUACCGCUAAUCUUGAAAAUAACGGUUUGUUAGUACUUUAUGAAACUUCAAAUAAUGGUGGUAUUGCUGUGUUAGGUAGUCCUUUAUUUCCUAUUACAAAUGACGGUCAAAUUUGUUUGUAUAAUGAAUUAGUUAAUCAACAAACCGAUAUAGACGGUACUGGUUGCAUUACUAUGCAAGCUAAUUCCACCGUGUAUUUGAGUGUUGACAUAACAACAUAUACUGAUCAAAUCUUUUAUAUGGCUGACAGUGGUUCAAGUAUUAUUGUUUCCGCAAAUCUCCUCGAUACUCGUCCCACGAUAAAUGUUUAUGGAUAUGGUAAUGGAAAUAUGCUUGCCUUAUCCGUAUCAUUAUAUAUCACAAGUACUAUUCUUAAUACCGUGCCAUUUUCUUAUGAUGCUACUACAGGUAUAUUGUCUCUUUACUCGGCUUCUGGUACUGUUAAUUUUGAUAUCGGUCUUGGUUAUGUGAGUGACAAUUUUGAAACUGUUUUUGAUUAUGAUGCUAGUUCACAAGCCGUGAUUCCUGCCCUUAUUCCUAAUGCUGUUGUUUAUAACGGCGAUGUUCCAUCCCCUGCACAACCAGCUACUUGUGCCGUAUGUCCAGUACUUCCAGCCAUUCCAGGUAUUAAUGGUACUGAGUAUACUACUACUGUCACUACUACGUCUGGUACCGCGUCUUGUACCGAUAUCGAAGAAAUUAUUAUUACAACCGAUACUGCAGGUGAUUUUAUUACUUCAACUAUUACGCUCGCUGAUUACUGUUCAAACCCCGACACUAUUUUCACCACAACUUUUGACACAACUGAAUCGGAUGGAUUUAUUGAAACUGAUAGUGCUGUAGUUGAAGUCACUACAGAUAGUAAUGGUAUAGUAUAUACCUCCUCAUCAUUUUUCCCAACCCCAAGUGAUCCAUUCACUUCAUUCACCACCACAUUUACCACCACUGAGUCAGAUGGAUUUAUCGCAACUGAUUCAGGUAUAGUUGUUGUUACUGGCUAUUCAGAUGGUGCCAUUUAUACAUCAACUUCAUUAUUCCCAACUACAAGUGAUCCAUUUACUUCUUAUACCACCACUUAUACCACCACUGAUUCCAACGGUUAUAUUGCUACUGACUCUGGAAUUGUUGUCGUAACUGGUUACUCUGAUUCAAGUGAAAUUUACACUUCAACAUCAUUAUUCCCAACUUCCAGUGACCCAGACACUACAUAUACCACUACCUACACUACCACUGAUUCAAAUGGAUAUGUUGCUACUGAUUCUGGUGUUGUUGUUAUUAGUGUUGAUUCAUCAGGAACUGAAACUAGUACUUCAUUAUUCCCUACUUCAAGUGAUCCAGACACUACAUAUACCACCACUUAUACUACAACUGAUAGUAAUGGAUAUGUUGCUACAGAUUCUGGUGUUGUUGUUAUCAGUGUUGAUUCCUCAGGAACUGAAACUAGUACUUCAUUAUUCCCUACUUCAAGUGAUCCAGACACUACAUAUACCACCACUUAUACUACAACUGAUAGUAAUGGAUAUGUUGCCACUGAUUCUGGUGUAGUUGUUAUUAGUGUUGAUUCCUCAGGAACUGAAACUAGUACUUCAUUAUUCCCUACUUCAAGUGAUCCAGAUACUACUUACAGCACUACUUUCACUACGACUGACUCAAACGGUUAUGUUGCCACUGAUUCUGGUGUUGUUGUUAUCAGUGCUGGUUCCGCAGGAACUGAAACCAGUACUUCAUUAUUCCCAACCUCGAGUGAUCCAGAUACUACUUAUACCACUACCUACACUACCACUGAUUCAAAUGGAUACGUUGCUACUGAUUCUGGUGUUGUUGUUAUCAGUGUUGAUUCCUCAGGAACUGAAACUAGUACUUCAUUAUUCCCUACUUCAAGUGAUCCAGACACUACAUAUACCACCACUUAUACUACAACUGAUAGUAAUGGAUAUGUUGCUACAGAUUCUGGUGUUGUUGUUAUUAGUGUUGAUUCAUCAGGAACUGAAACUAGUACUUCAUUAUUCCCUACUUCAAGUGAUCCAGACACUACAUAUACCACCACUUAUACUACAACUGAUAGUAAUGGAUAUGUUGCUACAGAUUCUGGUGUUGUUGUUAUUAGUGUUGAUUCAUCAGGAACUGAAACUAGUACUUCAUUAUUCCCUACUUCAAGUGAUCCAGACACUACAUAUACCACCACUUAUACUACAACUGAUAGUAAUGGAUAUGUUGCUACUGAUUCUGGUGUAGUUGUUAUUAGUGUUGAUUCCUCAGGAACUGAAACUAGUACUUCAUUAUUCCCUACUUCAAGUGAUCCAGAUACCACUUACAGCACUACUUUCACUACAACUGACCCAAACGGUUAUGUUGCUACUGAUUCUGGUGUUGUUGUUAUCAGUGCUGGUUCCUCAGGAACUGAAACCAGUACUUCAUUAUUCCCAACUUCAAGUGAUCCAGAUACUACUUACACCACCACUUAUACUACAACUGAUAGUAAUGGAUAUGUUGCCACUGAUUCUGGUGUAGUUGUUAUUAGUGUUGAUUCCUCAGGAACUGAAACGAGUACUUCAUUAUUCCCAACUUCAAGUGAUCCAGAUACUACUUACAGCACUACUUUCACUACAACCGACUCAAACGGUUAUGUUGCCACUGAUUCCGGUGUUGUGAUCAUUAGCGCUGGAAGUGACACUACUGAAAGUUCUACAUCAUUAUUCCCUACUUCGAGCGACCCAGAUACCACUUACACCACUACCUUCACCACCACUGAAAGUAAUGGGUUCGUUGCUACCGACUCUGGUGUCAUUGUUGUAAGUGCUGGUUCAUCAGGUACUGAAACUAGUACAUCUUUAUUCCCAACUUCAAGUGAUCCAGAUACUACUUAUACCACCACUUAUACUACUACUGAUAGUAAUGGAUAUGUUGCUACAGAUUCUGGUGUUAUUGUUGUUAGUGCUGGAAGUGACACCACAGAAAGUUCUACUUCAUUAUUCCCAACUUCGAGUGAUCCAGACACUACUUAUACCACCACUUAUACUACAACUGAUAGUAAUGGAUAUGUCGCUACUGAUUCCGGUGUUGUUGUUGUCAGUGCUGGUUCUUCUGGAACUGUGACUAGUACCUCAUUAUUCCCAACUUCAAGUGAUCCAGAUACCACUUACACCACCACUUUCACUACUACAAAUUCUGAUGGAUCAGUUGCCACUGAUUCUGGUGUUGUUGUUGUUAGUGCUGCUAGUGACACUACUGUUACUUCGACUUCAUUAUUCCCAACUCCAAUUGAUACUGAUACUACUUACAGUACCACUUUCACCACCACUGAAUCUGAUGGAUUUGUCGCUACUGAUUCCGGUGUUGUUGUUGUCAGUGCUGGUUCUUCUGGAACUGUGACUAGUACCUCAUUAUUCCCAACUUCAAGUGAUCCAGAUACCACUUACACCACCACUUUCACUACUACAAAUUCCGAUGGAUCAGUUGCCACUGAUUCCGGUGUUGUUGUUGUUAGUGCUGCUAGUGACACUACUGUUACUUCGACUUCAUUAUUCCCAACUCCAAUUGAUACUGAUACUACUUACAGUACCACUUUCACUACUACAAAUUCCGAUGGAUCAGUUGCUACUGAUUCUGGUGUUGUUGUGGUUAGCAGUGGAUCAUCUGGUUUUGUUACUUCAACUUCAUUAUUCCCAACUUCAAGUGAUCCAGAUACCACUUACACCACCACUUUCACUACUACAAAUUCUGAUGGAUCAGUUGCCACUGAUUCAGGUGUUGUUGUCGUUAGUGCUGCUAGUGACACUACUGUUACUUCGACUUCAUUAUUCCCAACUCCAAUUGAUACAGAUACUACUUACAGUACCACUUUCACCACCACUGAAUCUGAUGGAUUUGUCGCUACUGAUUCUGGUGUUGUUGUGGUUAGCAGUGGAUCAUCUGGUUUUGUUACUUCAACUUCAUUAUUCCCAACUUCAAGUGAUCCAGAUACCACUUACACCACCACUUUCACUACUACAAAUUCUGAUGGAUAUGUUGCCACUGAUUCAGGUGUUGUUGUCGUUAGUGCUGCUAGUGACACUACUGUUACUUCGACUUCAUUAUUCCCAACUUCAAGUGAUCCAGAUACCACUUACACCACCACUUUCACUACUACAAAUUCCGAUGGAUCAGUUGCCACUGAUUCAGGUGUUGUUGUCGUUAGUGCUGCUAGUGACAACACUGUUACUUCGACUUCAUUAUUCCCAACUCCAAUUGAUACUGAUACUACUUACAGUACCACUUUCACCACCACUGAAUCUGAUGGAUUUGUUGCUACUGAUUCUGGUGUUGUUGUGGUUAGCAGUGGAUCAUCUGGUUUUGUUACUUCAACUUCAUUAUUCCCAACUUCAAGUGAUCCAGAUACCACUUACACCACCACUUUCACUACUACAAAUUCUGAUGGAUCAGUUGCCACUGAUUCUGGUGUUGUUGUCGUUAGUGCUGCUAGUGACACUACUGUUACUUCGACUUCAUUAUUUCCAACAGAAAGUGAAUAUAGUACCACCUUCACUACGACUGAUUCUAAUGGAUUUGUUGCCACUGACUCAGGAGUUGUUAUUGUUAGCAGUGGUCCUUCUGGAACUGUUACUUCUACUUCAUUAUUCCCAACUUCCACCGACCCAGAUACCUCAUAUGAUACUACUUUCACUACUACAAAUGCCGAUGGAUCAGUCGCUACUGAUUCAGGAGUUGUUAUUGUUAGUGCUGGUCCAUCUGGUACUGUUACUAGUACUUCUUUAUUCCCAACAGAAAGUGAGUAUAGUACCACCUUCACUACGACUGAUUCUAAUGGAUUUGUUGCCACUGACUCAGGAGUUGUUAUUGUUAGCAGUGGUCCUUCUGGAACUGUUACUUCUACUUCAUUAUUCCCAACUUCCACCGACCCAGAUACCUCAUAUGAUACUACUUUCACUACUACAAAUGCCGAUGGAUCAGUCGCUACUGAUUCAGGAGUUGUUAUUGUUAGUGCUGGUCCAUCUGGUACAAUCACUAGCACUUCGUUGUUCCCAACGUCUCCAGUAUCAUCUAGUAGUACUUCGACUAUUGAUUUAAGAAUUUCUUCUUCUAAUUCUGUCUCUUUCUCAUCAGUGAAUUAUUUCAACAGUUCGAGUUCAUCCAAUCCAGAUACCGAGUAUACAACAACAUUUACUACAAUUGGACCAAAUGGUUCUCCAGAGACUGAGUCUGGUGUUGUCGAAGUUACAACCAAUUCUGCAGGUAGUUUAUACACCACUACUUCCUUAUUCCCAACUUCUUCAGCUCCAACUUCGUCUGCUUCAUCAGCUCCGACUUCGUCUGCUCCAAUUUCUUCAGCUCCAAUUUCGUCAGCUCCUGCUUCUUCAGCGCCGGCUUCUACCAGUCCAAGUUCAUCAUCAUCAGCAGCAUCGCCUGCACCAAGCUUUAUUUUUACUGCUGUUGAUUCUAUUGACUGGAGUCAAACUGGAUCAAUCCCAAUAGCUAUUCCAUUAUCCCCAUUAUGGACUGCUACAGUUGCUUGGCAAAUUACUAUUGAUCAUACUUUAGGCUUUCCAUUUUCUUUGACUUUACCAGAUACCUUUGGUGUUUACAACCCUAACUAUGGUAACACUAAGCGUGAUACUGUCAAUUCUAUUUACCUUACUGCCGAUGGUGUUAAUUAUGCUGAAUGUAUUUCUGAUCCAGGUUCAUUAUACGAAGACAGUUCAUCAUUACAAUGUACUAUUUUAGAAGUUGCUACUUCAUUAGUUACUGGUACUAUUGAAAUCCCACUUAUUUUCAAUGUUGGUGGUUCUUCAAGUGCUACUGAUAUUGCUGCUGCUAAUAGUUUAACUGCUGGUACUCAAAGUGUUACCUUCACUACUGGAGAUGGUAGAUCUCUUACUCAAGAUGUUACUUUUGUUGCUGGUUCUCCAUCUCCACAAGAUCCAUCAGAAAUUGUUUUUGCUGUUAGAGCUUUGGAAUGGUCCAAUGCCAAUGCAUACUACCUCCUUGGUGGAAAUUGUCCAACUUCAUAUGGUUUCGGACAACUUACUUUAACUAUUAAUGAAGGUACUCUUGAUUGUGAUACCUGGGAAGCUAAAAUCACCAAUGAUCUUAAUGAUUGGUAUCUUCCAAAGUCCGCUCAAAGUCUUGGAUCUAUCAGUUUAGGAAGUUGUAGUGGUAAUCAAAUCGUUGUCAAUUAUGCCAAUGUUCCAGCUGGUUAUAGAGUGUUCUUAGAUGUUAUUGGAUCCCCUGGUGGAUAUGAUAUUACUGCUACUUAUAGUGAUAACCAUAGUUGUGCCGCUGAAUCAGUAAGUGGUAGUUCCAGUACUUUCACCACUACUAAUUCUGCUGGUGAAAGUACUACUGGUACUGCUCUUGUUAUUGUCACUUCUGGUGUUACUGUAACUGUUACUGAACCAUGUAGUGAAUAUGGUACUACUUUUGUUACCACUCUUCCAAAUGGACAAGUUGCAACUGAGUCAGGAGAAGUUAUUGUUACCACGAACUCUGAAGGUAGUCUUUACACUACAACUUCAUUAUUCGGUGGUCAAACUGUUUACACUACUAUUGUUACGACUGAUACUGUUGGAGUUCCAUGUACUGAAACUGCUGCUGUGAUUGUUUCAAGUUCCGAAGGUGAAUUGUACACCACUACAUCUAUUAUUGGAGUUGAAACUGCUACCCCAACAGUUGCUCCAGCUACUACUGAAAUUGCACCAGCCCCUGCUACUCCUGCUGUUCCAGCUGGUACUACUACUGAAACUGCUGCAGCACCUGCUAGUACCCCAGCCGCACCUGCUCCAGCUGCUCCAGUCGGUACCAUUACUGCUCCAGCUCCAGCUGCUCCAGCUGGUACUGCUACUACAGUUGCUUCUCAAGCUGCUACUACAUCUGCUCAAUCUGUUCCAAGUUCUGUUCCUCCAGCAUUUGAAGGUUCAGCAUCAGGAAAACUGAUCAACAGAUUCAUGUUAACUGUUCCAAUCAUUAGUAUCUUGAUGACCUUAGUUUUCGUUUAA